GAGCGAGCGAGAGAGAGAGAGAGAGAGAGAGAGAGAGAGAGACUCGCACUGCAUUGACAGAAACACGGAGUCAUCCGUUAGGGCCGACAGCACCGAGGGGGCGGUGGAUAGUUUUCUGAUGCCGCUGCGGAGUUGACGGUGCCCGGUGCAGCAGAGGGGAGAGGAGUGGCGGACCGGCGCAGGAUUGAUGGGGAUGGAGAUACAACACAGUCACCCUGCACCGCUGUACACCUGGACACAAGAGCUGCACUGACAGAGGUCUGUUAACAGGUCACAGCAGAGUGUGGACAGACGGACGAUAAGUGUCCACACCAGUGAACGUCCUCUGCUGUCAGGAGAACCAUCUUGCCAGUCAGGAGAGGUGAGGGACGAGGCCGGCCAAUCGGAGGGGGAGAGAUGUUGGGGCAAGGGGGCCACGUUGCCCUGGCUGUCAUGUCAUUAGUGCUGUUACUGUGUCGCGAAGCAGCACCUAUUGAAGUCCCACAAGACCCAAAGAUCCUGCAAGACCUGAAGCAGCCCCCCACCAUAGUCAAACAGUCAGUGAAGGACUACAUUGUCGACCCCAGAGAUAACAUCAUCAUCGAGUGUGAGGCCAAGGGCAACCCAGUGCCAACGUUCUCAUGGCGAAGGAAUGGGAAGUUUUUCAACAUCGGGAAAGAUCCCAGGGUGACAAUGCGAAAACGCUCGGGAACUCUGGAGAUCGGUUUCCGUAGCGGAGGACGACCAGAGGACUAUGAGGGGGAGUACCAGUGUUUUGCCACUAAUGACCUCGGAGUGGCUCUGUCCAACAAAAUCCUGCUCCGGGUCUCCAAGGCUCCUCUGUGGCCUAAAGAGGUGCUGGAGCCGGUAGUGGUGACUGAAGGCACCCCGCUGGUUCUAGCCUGCAACCCUCCACCAGGCCUGCCCCCUCCUUUCACCUUCUGGAUGAACAGCGCGAUGACUCCGAUCCCUCAGGAUAAGAGGGUGUCCAUGGGUCUGAACGGAGACCUAUACUUCUCCAACGUCUUGACCAAAGACGCUCACACCGACUACAGCUGCAACGCUCGCUUCCUCUUCACACACACCAUCCAGCAGAAGAACCCCUUCACACUUAAAGUCCUGACUAAGGAGCCGUAUAAUGACACGUCUUACAAUGCCACUGACCCCUACGGUGGCCGUAAAGUAGCCGAGUCCACGCCGACCUUCCUCUCACCCUCAGGGACAGAGAGCUCCAAGAUGGUGCUACGGGACGAGCAACUGCUGCUGGAGUGUAUCGCUGCUGGACUUCCGACGCCCACUAUCAAAUGGUUUAAGAAGGGUGGGGACCUGCCAGGGAGAAAGGUGAAGUUUGACAACUACAACAAGACCCUGAAGAUAAUCAACGUGUCAGAGGAGGAUGCUGGGGAGUAUGUAUGCAUGGCUAACAACCAUCUAGGCAGUAUACGCCACUCCAUCUUUGUCCAGGUCAAAGCGGCUCCUUAUUGGCUCGACAAACCCUUCAACCUGGUGCUCGCUCCGGAGGAGAACGGCCCUCUGGUGUGUCGGGCCAACGGCAACCCCAAACCCAACAUCCAGUGGCUGGUCAAUGGACUGCCGAUAGAAAGCACUCCCCACAGCCCCAGCAGACAGGUGCUCGGUGACACCAUCAUGUUCCGCUUGGUGCAGAUGGGAAGCAGCGCUGUCUACCAGUGCAACGCCUCCAACCAGCACGGCUACCUGAUGGCCAACGCCUUCGUCAGCGUCCUCGACAUGCCUCCGAGGAUGCUGGGCCCUAAAAACCAGCUGAUCAAAGUCAUCGAGAACAACCGCACCUUCCUCGACUGUCCCUUCUUCGGUUCUCCUCUGCCGGACCUACGAUGGUUUAAGAACGGACAGGGCAGUGGGCUGGACGGAGGUCAGUACCGCGUUUACAUCAACGGCACCCUGGAGAUCAAACGGGCCCGAGCAGAGGACGAGGGCACCUACACCUGUGUGGCCAACAGCAUGCUGGGCACGGCCGAGAACCAGGUCCGCCUUGAGGUCAAAGAGCCGACUCGUAUUGUUCGAGCCCCGGAGCGCCGGUCGGCCGUCAGGGGCUCCACGGCUCACUUUGACUGUAAAGUGAAGUCUGAUCCCAGCCUGCCCAUCACUGUGGCCUGGACCAAGGACGACAAGCCUCUCUACCUGGGCUGGAGGCUGAGGAAAGACGAGGAGUCACUGACCAUCCCCAAUGUGAACGAGGGGGACGAGGGAACCUACACCUGCACUGUCAAAUCUGAGAUAGACCAGGACUCAGCCUCAGCCCGCCUCACGGUGUUAGAGGAAGCCUCCCUCAACCCCUCAGUCUCUAGUGCCUUGCCUCCAGACCGCUCAGACCCUCCCAUGGAUCUGGAUCUGUCAGACCCCGCAGCCCGCAGCGUUCGCCUCACCUGGAUCCCCGGAAACGACCACCGGAGCCCAGUCACGGAAUUCCUGGUCCAAUUUGAGGAGGACCGCUGGGAGCCGGGCAGGUGGCAGGACCUGUCCACAUACCCCGGGGACCUCAACUCUGUCAUCCUGCAGCUCGCCCCCUUUGUCAAUUACCAGUUCAGGGUCACCGCCAUCAACGCAGUGGGCCAGAGUCAGCCCAGCCGGCCCUCGCCACGGUACAAAACCAGUGGAGCUGCCCCAGAUGCCAUCCCCAGAGGUCUACGAGGAUGGGGAUCCAAGAAGGACAAUAUGGAGAUCACCUGGGAGCCUCUGCUUGAUCUGGAGAGGAACGGGCCAAACCUGCACUACAGCGUGUGGUGGAGACGGAAGGAUUUGGGAGAGGGGUGGAGUAACAUGUCCACGUUUGGGUCCAAACAUGUCGUCCACAACACAGAGACCUACGUGCCUUACGAGAUCAAAGUCCAGGCCAGGAAUGAGUUUGGACAAGGACCUGAGUCUAAUGUGGUCGUUGGAUACUCUGGAGAGGACAAGCCCACCGACGCUCCCACUGACCUGAGGGUGUCAAAGGUUGACAGCACCAAGGCCAACUUGCACUGGAAGCCCGUGGACCUGAGCUCUGUGCAGGGAGAGUUCAAGGAGUACAGACUGUACUACUGGCGUGAGUCCAGUCUGGUUCCGGGUCUGAUGGUUAGUAAGGAGAAGAAGACCAAAGGUUUCUACAGCAUCGUGGCUGAGCCGUCAGGCAUCCUCAGCGACCUGGUGUCCUACUCGAAAUACAAGAUGUUCCUGGUUGUGACCAACAACCUCUUUGAGGGUCCACCCAGCAACACGGUGGAGGUCACCACCAAGGAGGGAGUGCCAGAUGCUCCGAAGUUUUUCAGUAUUAACCGGAGAACUUUUGACACCGUCCACCUUGAAUGGGACAAACCUCUGGAGCCCAACGGCAUUCUGAUUGGAUACCAGCUCAAGUACCAGACAGUCAAUGGCUCCAGAGUGGGUCGUGCCCAGUUGGAGACUCUCCCCCCUAAUGUGACAGAGUUCACCCUCCGCCUGCCGGACCGAUCCACCCGCUACAAAUUCUACCUGUCAGCGUUCACCCAGGUGGGAGCAGGGGUGGUCUAUGCUGAGGAGUCCCCUCACUUCGCCAAUGAAGAAAACCUUACUGAUCCUACAGCUCUAGUCGAGCUUACGGAUGCGUCCGUGGCUUCAGCUUUCUCUCCUACUCCUUCUCCUCUUGCUCCUCUUACUCCUACUACCAUCGCUCCUACAACCAUUAGUACCUCAACUUCUGCCACUCCGACAACUCCGACUUCUACUACUACUACUGCUACUACUACUCCUUCUACCACUACUGCCACUACAACCGAGGCGUCCACAACCACCACAACUCCUGAGCUGGUCACCUUCAAGCGUACCGAUCAGAAUGUGUUGGUGGGCCGUGGGCGGGAGAUCUGGAAUGUGACGGUGGAGUCUAACAGUAACUACACUAACGUCAGCUGGAGACACAACUUCCCGGCCGGCAGCAGCGAGUUUGUGCUAGAGUUCACACUGGACAGCGACAAGUCGGUGAAAGUUGUACCGGUGAAACAGCAGCCCCCCGUUUCAGUGGCAGAUCUGAUCGCAGGCGCCAAGUACCAACUGAGGGUUUACUCCCAUGAGCUCAACAGCAUCAGCAGCAAAUCGUUCAUCUUUAAGACCAAACCAGCCUACAUAGACCAGGUAGACAUAGCCACUCAAGGCUGGUUCAUUGGCCUGAUGUGUGCCAUCGCCCUCAUUAUACUGAUCCUCCUCAUCGUCUGCUUCAUCAAGAGGAGUCGCGGGGGCAAAUACCCAGGUGGUGGUUGCGUGACUGGUUUCGCAAAAUAUCUGGUCCGUGACAAAAAAGAUCUCCCCUUGGACCCAGUAGAUCAGAAAGACCAGGACGGAUCCUUCGAUUACCACAGCGACGAGGACAACAAGCCUCUCCAGGGCAGCCAGACGUCGCUGGACGGCAACGUGAAGGAAAGCGACGACAGUCUGGUUGACUACGGCGAAGGUGGCGACGGCCAGUUCAACGAGGACGGCUCUUUCAUCGGCCAGUACACGGUGAAGAAGGACAAGGACGAGACGGAGGGCAACGAGAGCUCUGAGGCCACCUCGCCCGUCAAUGCCAUCUACUCGCUGGCCUAGCGCCGUUGCGCCGGUGGCUCCCCUCUGGCCUGAGGGCAUUACGACAAACCACAGCACCAUACACCAGACACAAACACACACACAUGAAUAUAUUACUAUAUGAAACAGAAGGAACGCAGCAGGGCCUGUCUGGAGACUGCGUAGGUUUCCCUCUGCAGAUGAAGUCACGGGAACACGGGGGUGGAAUUAGACCACAAGCCUUUAUUUUAGUUUCCAGCUCACAGAAAUUGGCCCAUUGGAGGUGGCGUUUGGGCAAAGAGGACAGUGCUCGUCUUCCUCGGCUCUCUGCCUGCCCUUACACAGACUUGAAGUGUGCCUUCGGGGCAGCUUUCAGCACUUGGAGGAGUUCUCUAUAGAUUUUUCUUUGGUUCGUUUCUGCUCCGAACAUUUCCAGUGUCCCCGCUCUCCCUCCCGACGCGCCCCUCAUACCUCUGUAGCGUCCCGGUAAAGUACAUAGAAGAGGUCCCGUACACACACACACACACACACUGGCCCGUCCUGUAACAUAUCAGCUUCUAACCAUCAAACUCAACAGGAUGCCGGCAGAUAUGUUUAUCAUAUUGAUAUUUACGCAAUGAAAGAUUUUAGUUUUUCCACAGCUAGCAGAUGAGUCAUUGAAUCUUAAAGAGUGCUGUAUUCAGUCCUGGCACACAUUUUAAUGCCCUGCAAAACUAUGCACUAUCACCUCUCCUCCAUAGCAUUCUGGGUUUAACCUGGUUAGUAAAAGUACAUGUUUCGGGUUUCUUUUUUACCACUUGCAGGCUAAAUCACAUGCUUUUAUUCACUCUGCCUUGUACAAUGUGGUGGACAUGUUUUUCUUACCUCUACUCCAAUCUUGUAGUGCAGAUGUUCAAAAUGGCCGCCACAAGAAAGGCUGUUUCUGCCACAAGCACCAAGCUCUGCUACAGUAUGUUAUUAAUGACUAAUAUUAUUUUGGAGCAUGGUAGUAACUUAGUGCAAGACAAAUGGAAAGCAACAGAGAGGAACGUUAGCUUCGCUUGAGAAAUACCAGUAGACCACAACCCAGUGAAUUGCCUAGUUAGCAUGCAGGCUAAUGCUGCAUUCAUGUCAAAUCAGAACAGCUGUUGGUUGACAGCGAACAUGUUGACAGAUGUUUCUGUUUUUCUUUUGACUUUGGUUUCUUAAUUGUUACACGUGGUACUUUUGAAAGUACGUUUUAUACCAAACCAGACAUUGCUAUGUCAAUCCAACAUGGUGAUCACAUAAUGGCUUAUCAUGACAGGAAAAAGGGGUUUUAUAAUGGAUAUAUAUUCCUCUAAAACUUACCUGCAUGUAUUUUUUUCAAUUGUGACACCAGAAUUUUGGAGGUUUGGGGUCCCAACCCCAAACUUCCCAAAAAAUGUUGAGCUCCUGAAAGUUGAGAUGUGUAAUCAUUUCAAGUUGGAAAUGUCCACGUUCUCUCCCAUGGGACAUGAAUGCAGCAUGAGAUGCUAGGAUCCUUAGGGUGUGUAUCAAUGCCUUUCAUUUUGCCCACAAAACGUUUUGUCUUUUUUUCAUUGUUGUCAACCACCAAAUGAGUGCUAACAUUAGCUUAACACAAACCACGAACUUUACGCUUCUUAUUAGUUGAUAGUAACGUUUUUAAUUCAUGAAAACUACUUCCCUGAAAUGUCAAAGAAUGCACUAAUCUUCCUUCACAUUUGUAAAAAAUAAAAUUCACGGGCACUUCUGUUAAAACGAGAGGCAAAAGUGAGUGCUCAGCAAAAGCAGUGGGCAAAAAGCUUCACUCUCAUUGAAAAAAGUUAGAAAAAGCUGCUAAAAUGUGCUCUGUCUAACCGGGACCUAAACAAUCAAUAUAGAGACGUUAGCUGUCCGCUAGCGAACUAGCAUACAGUUCUGUCAGUCACUCCCCUCCAGACUGCUCUCUACUCUUGUUUUCGUAUUUUCAUGAAUUGGAGCCAUAAAGCCUCGGAAUAGCCACAAGGUUUUGCUCGAGCGUCAGCAUGGACACAUCUUUGGCUCAACUCAUCUUUAAUUCAUUUGUGCAUUAAGUUUAUGUGCAAUCACAGCAUUUUCUUGGUGUUUAGUCUGAAACCACCUUUACAGAAGGAUCUACACCUCUGUCCCUCCCUCUAGUUUUUAUAAAUGCAGUUAGUGAGUAGAUCAUUACAGAUGAAAAAAGACAGCGUUAGGGCCGCAUAGAACACUUGAAUUAAAUGACCAGAUUUACAGCAUGAAAAUAUAUACAUCAAAUUCACGGCCACCUUUGAAAUGAAACGUAUCAACUAGUUUUUUUGCAGAAGAAGAAAGAAAAAAGAAAACUGUUUGAGUAACAGAACUUUUUAGAAACUAAUGUAAGCUCAGUAUUCCACUUGUCCCACAACCAUAUUCGUCACGUCAUUGUUCUGUAAGCCGACUGAUGGACUGACCGUGUUUCUUUAUUUUGUACUAGAUGUUCACAUGCUGUUCACAGCAUCAUUUUGGUACUCGUGCUGUAGUUACCUGCUACUCAACAGCACUAUUGAAACCUCCACUGCUAAAUUCGAAAAAUCUUUACUGCAGUUAGCGACUGAAGUUCACAUUGUAUUUCAAAUAUUUAUUUUAUAUUUCUAUUUAUUACAUUAUGUGAAUAGUAUUAAUAUUAGUACUUAAUUUAAUAAUUGUUGUAUACACACUUUUGACCAACUCAUUUUGUUGAUUCACGCCAGAAUUAAAGAUGUCUCCAGAAUCUGUCAUUGUUCAUCACGAGAGGCAUUAAACACAAUAUUUUCCAGAUAUUUGUGAUAUUUGUAGCAGCUGGCUUUUCUGCUGUAAACAAAACAACAACAUACUUGUCAUGUUUAUCUGUCCAUUGUGCUGCUCUUCUCGUACUCAUGUCGUAUUACAGUUACUCUGUGUUGUUAUUCAGAUUCAUGUAACAUAACCUUUCCGCCUCACAGAAAAUUAAUAUUGUUGCUUAUUAUUCAUUUGACAUAUAUUCUGUACAUGUAGGUCCUGAAAAAAACCUCUUAUAUUUGUAAAUAUUUCAAAGUCGAUUCCCCCAGAAAAAUGCUUUAUCAGAGGAGACAAAAAGUCACAAUUCUGUAUCCACCAAGCAACAUGUGACGGGUGCAACUUUAGUCUGUCGUGCACCUUUGUAAUGUAGCUUUGUCUAACAUUUGCACUCUGAAAAAAUAACGAGAAUCAUCCUUCACUCUAUGUUUGCCAAAGCCCUUUGCUUUGGCAUUGUGAUACGUGGUCACUUGUUUGAUGAUAGUUUGGAUUCUAUAUUGUGAAAGAGGAACAAGUUAGAUGCUCUAUGAUGUAAAUAAGACGUAAGUGCGCCUGCAAUAUUCUGUUUGUAGCAUUGUUGCACACAGACUGCUAGUAGGCCUAAAAGAACAUGCAUUCACAGAGGUAUUGGAACAAACUCCUCUCCUUUUACCUGCAUAGACUCCUUCACCUAACAUGCCUAUUGUUGCAUAGCUAGUCUCAUUUCAUGGGCCUCCUUAAGGGACCAAUUCAUACUUUCGGGGCAUGCAGCUCAAAAUUUGUAACUGUACGGCGACGGUGCAUGAUCGAGUUUCGUUCCAGACUCCGGUCCAUUUGGUGGCGUAUGCUCAUCUAGCUGGUUUGCCAAGAAGAAGAAGAUAACAAAGAGGAUGCUUUAGAAGAGAGGUUGUGCAAAGAGAUUGAAUAAUUUGUCUAUAAAGGAACACAAAGACAGUCAAAUGGCGUUACAGCUACCAAAUGGAAUGGAGUGUGGACCGGGAAAUGCGCAUGCUUGGAACGCCAGACCGAUGCAGGCCCUCAAUUGUAGUGGAACCGUGUGCGGGUCGAGUCUGCUCCUCCUCUACAAAUGAGACUGUCGAGUACAGAACAGUUGCAAGACAUUAUGAUAUGUUAUCAGAAAAAGGGUAGAAGUGUUAAAUACUGUGAUAAAUUCGGGUAAGUUCACUAGUUGACACCUGACAGUGAAGCAGGUUAAAAGGGCAAAUAACUUAGUAUAAAUCUGUAAUGCCAACAGUCUGCAAACCAGAACAAACAGUGGAUUUUACUCCCAACAGUCACUAUUCACAUCCUGCUUUACAUUAGUCAGCUUUAUCUGACAUAAUUACAAGUUGAAAAGGAUUGCCUAAAUGUACAAUUAAACAUGUGACUGGCCCACAAUGGAUUGACCAAAUUUGAGAAAAGGAAGGCUUUAAUUCCUUGCUCAUUUGGAGGAGUCUUCUAAUUAGGACAGACCUCGCUGAUCUGUUAUAAUAUUUUCAAUUUGCAGACUUCGAAGGAGGAGGCCCCUAAAAUCAAACACAACAUAUAAACAAUUUUGAAAAGAGUCCUGACCUGGUAUUUCUCACCCCUUUUUAAAACAAAAACACGACCUCUCCGUCAGUAAUCCCCUCUUCCAAAAACUCAUGUUCCCUUCUGUGUCGUUGCAGAAACUCAAAGCAAUAUCCUCUGAGUUUUAAUCAGCUGGGUGUUUUCUCAGAUGCCAUCGUAUGUUGGUGUGACCACAGCGGGUUGUUAGUUUGAGGCACCGAGCACAGACAUUUUGACAAAACAGAAAGAAAAAGCACUGAGGGAUCAAACAUGGAACAUAUAGGUCCGAACUCUCUCACCGGACUUGUUUUCUUCCAGAUCUGGAAACCUGCACCCCCUUUUCCGACAUGGCCUGCCCCCCUCAAGUGGAUCACAGUGGUGAAAUAUUGUAAACUGGCUAUAUAACAAAGAAAAGAGAAUUAUGCAUAUUUGCUCAUGAACAGUGCUUUUUUUCUUGUCCUUUUAUUCAUGCAAGCCGACUCUCUUUCUACUGUUACUGACCUUUAAUGGGGGAAAAGAAGAUGUCAAUGUGCAGCUUUGUGUUUUUCUUCAUUUCAAAAUGCUGCAAUGUGUAGAAUUUUACUGAUGCACACACGAGAUUUGCAAAUGGAUUUCUUUUUAACGAUUGAUCACAGGCUUUUUUUAUAUGAAUUAUCAUGUUAGCGUCUUCUUGUUUUUACCAUAUGUAUCAGAGCAGCUCGUCAAAGUCUCGCUUCAACACGCAAAAUAACAGCUUUUGUAAGGUACAUACUCAACAGAAAAUGGCAUAAAUAUAUUCACCAUGUAUGCGUGUAUGAUGAGAUGUUGCAACUUCUGCUAGCGACGCCUUCUUUAUAGUAAAGCUAUCUCCUUUUCUCUACCUCCCGACUGCUGGUCUCUCUGUUCAUAUCGGAGCUUUUGUCAUAUUGUCGAAACAUUUUGCUGUAGCUUUAAAGAACCUAAACAAGAAAAGAAAAAAAACACAAAGAACAGAUUUUGGUUUGUCUGACCUUUUGCAUUGUGGAAAAGCUGUAGAAAUACUAGGCCCCUCAGGUAAUGUCAUGCAGUCUUUAGCAGCUAUUGAAGUCAUCAUUUGACAAUUGUGAUUCUCAGACCUGAAUAAGUUAUGUGUUGAUUGUUUCAUCACAGAUACACCUGACUGUCUUCAGAUGCCAGAUUGAGCUCAUUAUCAGCCAGCCAUCACUGUCUUGCCGUCUAGCAACCACUGCCAUUUCCAAAUGCUGACGCCAUUGCUAAAUUGCCUUGAAGUAGUAUUAUUCAUCCACCAUGGUAGGGGCAGGGGGCAGGCGGGGUAAAACCCUUGACAGGUCCAUUGCGAUGUCCGACCUACUGUGUGGGCUAUUUAGACUUUCCAGUGUUCAGAAGAAACUAGAGCACCUGAAAGAAACUC